UCCCUUGAAGCACCCUACAAAUGGGGUAUCUCUAGAAAUAGUCUGUAUAGUUGGGGUAGUUCCACAAAUACAAAAUAAGAUGGGUAUCUCUGUGAACAUGAUCACCUGUCGAUCACGGUGACCCCUCUGAAGGAGAAAUGCCCACUGAUCUGGUUUAAUCAAAAGCCAUUGAUGCACAAGGACGCUCAAUAUUCAACAAACCCACAACAAUGUGGAAGCUGAACCAGUCAAUUUUAGGCGGAGACGAAGAGUUACAAGACAACCUGUUGGAUGGACAAGAAGGCCUCUGUUCUAUAUCCCCUUUGCAGAGAAUUUAUGGAUUCGCUGCAUGUUUGGUUGCUGGCUUCGUUUGUAUGUUUCUGUCAUUGAUUGUUUUUGCCAAACCCAUCAAGUUUGCAGUGUUGUUUACCUUUGGGAAUAUGUUGGCUGUUGGAAGCACGGCAUUCAUUAUUGGACCUGGGCAACAAAUGAGAAUGAUGCUUGACCCUGUUCGUAUUUACGCAACAGCUAUUUACGUUGGGUGUGUUGUCUUAGCUCUCAUAUGUGCUCUCGUGAUCCGUAGUAAGGUUUUGACAAUACUAGCAAUUAUAAGUGAGAUCUGUGCCCUAAUUUGGUACAGUUUGAGUUAUAUUCCAUUUGCUCGUAGGUUGGUGUCUGACAUGAUGAUCCGUUUAUUUGACACAGAGAUCUAAACCGCACAAUUUGAAAGAAGUGUUCACCAUUUAGUCAUUU